GAAGCAUGGUACCACUUACGGUGGGGCUGGUAAGCCUGCAGGUCAUCUGUAGAUUAAGCAUAAUGCUGUAACAGUAAGGUACUUGACCUCAGUGGAGGAAAGAGCGAGAGCAGCCACUCACUCACACUCCCCUACUAGGCUGCUCUCCUACGGGAAAGCCCUGGUCUCAUGGGAAAGCCCUGGUCUCAUGGGAAAGCCCUGGUCGCAUAGGAAAGACCUGGUCUCAUGGGAUGAGCAGCUUCAGGAAGUGCUUCAGCAAGAGCCAAUAGUGGCCAUUACUUUGUGUUUUCUGAGAUAUUGUUUUCUACAUUACAAAUAGACCUACCAUUUUCAAACCAAGCACUCUAAAGGCAUAGCCUGAGGAAGAUGUAAUCUCCUAGCUUCAUGGUAUCAUAAACAUAUUAUUUAAAGGGAUAGUUUACCUAAAGUACAAAAUUACACAUUGGUUUCCUUAUCGUGUAAGCAGUCUAUGGACAAGGUAUGACAGCAAUACAUGCUUUGGUUUAGUUUCCCUGGCACUGUUUCCACAUGCUAACGUUUUAGCAUUUUUGGCACAAAUCCCAUUCAAGUCAUGGGACUGAUAUUAGCAUUUUUUGCACAUGAUGUCCAAAUCAGCCAAAAGUAUCUAAAAUUGAUUGUUUUUUACCCCCUUUUCGAUCUUGUCUCAUCACUGCAACUCCCCAACGGGCUCGGGAGGUGAAGGUCGAGUCAUGCGUCCUCCGAAACAUGACCCGCCAAACCGCGCUUCUUAACAACCGUCUGCUUAACCCGGAAGCCAGCCACACCAAUGUGUCGGAGGAAACACUGUUCACCUGACGACCGAGGUCAGCCUGCAGGUGCCUGGCCCGCCACAAGGAGUCGCUAGAGCGCGAUGAGCCAAGUAAAGCCCCUCCGGACAAACUCAUCCCUAACCCGGACGACGCAGGGCCAAUUGUGCCGCCCUAUGGGACUCCCGAACACGGCCGGUUGUGAUACAGCCCGGGAUCAAACCCGGGUCUGUAGUGACACCUCUAGCACUGCAAUGCAGUGCCUUAGACCGCUGCGCCACUCGGGAGGCCCCACUUAUAGAUGAUUUAAACAUGAUACGCGACAAAUGCUAAUUUCAGUCCCAUGACUUGAAUGGGAUUUGUGCGACAAAAAUGCUUAAACGUUCGCAUGUAGAAACCGUGCCAGCGAAACUAAACCAAAGCAUGUAUUGCUGUCAUACCUUGUCAAUAGACUGCUUACAGGGUAAGGAAACCAAUGUAUCAUUUUGUAAUUUGGGUGAACCAUCCCUUUAAUAUAGAGCCUAAUGUAUGAUAAAUAUCUGUCACGUGAUGUGAUAAUACAUAUUUUCUUUAGCCUAUAUGAGUAUGGAGCUUUUACUGUAUGUCUUUAACCCAGCACUAAUAUGUUUAAUAUGAGUCAGUGUGUGGUUGUUUGUGCGUGCAAGCAUGUCUCUAUCCUCUGGGGUCAAUGUCAUUUAAUACUGUCUGUCUCUGUGUGUGUGUGUGUGUGUGUGUGUGUGUGUGUAAGAGUGAGCGUGUGUGUGUUGUGGCCCCUUUCAUGACUGGUGUUUAUGCGGGUUGAUCAUGCAGUGUAGUGUUGUUUAUGCGGGUUGAUCAUGCAGUGUAGUGUUGUUUAUGCGGGUUGAUCAUGCAGUGUAGUGUUGUUUAUGCGGGUUGAUCAUGCAGUGUAGUGUUGUUUAUGCGGGUUGAUCAUGCAGUGUAGUGUUGUUUAUGCGGGUUGAUCAUGCAGUGUAGUGUUGUUCAUGCGGGUUGAUCAUGCAGUGUAGUGUUGUUUAUGCGGGUUGAUCAUGCAGUGUAGUGUUGUUUAUGUGGGUUGAUCAUGCAGUGUAGUGUUGUUUAUGCGGGUUGAUCAUGCAGUGUAGUGUUGUUUAUGCGGGUUGAUCAUGCAGUAUAGUGUGAUGACGCAAGACUCCCUCUGUAAUGUAUUGCAUUCCCUCCAUGUGGUGUGUGUGUGUGACACACUAUCCCUGUGUGUAUUUCAGGCGGGCUGGAAGGAGAACCAUGCCACGUUUAUGAGUGAACUGAAGAACCUGCAGGCGUCUGGACUGACCACUCUGGGUCACGCUCUCCGCGCGGCCUUUGACCUCCUCAACCUGAACCGCCUCGUCUCCGGCAUCGACAACUAUGGACAGGUAUACCUGACCCCUCUACACCUUUUAAUAUAACAUACUUUAGUAUAAAGUACGUCACCCAGACGUACUUUAUUUUUUCCCCAAAAAAAAUCUUAUGGAAUAUCAGGCAAUAGUUAACGUAUUAUUAUGCACAAGCAUUCUGUACAAUAGCAUGCAAUACAGUGCAUAUAGAUUUAAGGAAUAUUCCGUUUGUAUAUAUAUUUGUGUAUAGUACAGUCGUGGUCAAAAGUAUUGGUCUUCACAAAGUUCGCUGCUUCAGUGUUAUGAGAUAUUUUUGUCAGAUGUUACUAUGGUAUACUGAAGUAUAAUUACAAGCAUUCCAUAAGUGUCAAAGGCUUUUAUUGACAAUUACAUUAAGUUUAUGCAAAGAGUCAAUAUUUGCAGUGUUGACCCUUCUUUUUCAAGACCUCUGCAAUCCGCCCUGGCAUGCUGUCAAUUAACUUCUUGGCCACAUCCUGACUGAUGGCAGCCCAUUCUUGCAUAAUCAAUGCUUGGAGUUUGUCAGAAUUUGUGGGUUUUUGUUUGUCCACCCGCCUCUUGAGGAUCGACCACAAGUUCUCAAUGGGAUUAAGGUCUGGGGAGUUUCCUGGCCAUGCACCCAAAAUGUUGAUGUUUUGUUCCCCGAGCCACUUAGUUAUCACUUUUGCCUUAUGGCAAGGUGCUCCAUCAUGCUGGAAAAGGCAUUGGUCGUCACCAAACUGUUCUUGGAUGGUUGGGAGAAGUUGCUCUCGGAGGAUGUGUUGGUACCAUUCUUUAUUCAUGGCUGUGUUCUUAGGCAAAAUUGUGAGUGAGCCCACUCCCUUGGCUGAGAAGCAACCCCACACAUGAAUGGUCUUAGGAUGCUUUACUGUUGGCAUGACACAGGACUGAUGGUAGCGCUCACCUUGUCUUCUCCGGACAAGGUGUUUUCCGGAUGCCCCAAACAAUCGGAAAGGGGAUUCAUCAGAGAAAAUGACUUUACCCCAGUCCUCAGCAGUCCAAUCCCUGUACCUUUUGCAGAAUAUCAGUCUGUCCCUGAUGUUUUUCCUGGAGAGAAGUGGCUUCUUUGCUGCCCUUCUUGACACCAGGCCAUCCUCCAAAAGUCUUCGCCUCACUGUGCGUGCAGAUGCACUCACACCUGCCUGCUGCCAUUCCUGAGCAAGCUCUGCACUGGUGGUGCCCCGAUCCCGCAGCUGGACUUUCUUGGGCGCCCUGACGCCUUCUUCACAACAAUGGAACCUCUCUCCUUGAAGUUCUUGAUGAUCCGAAUAAUUGUUGAUUUAGCAGCAAUAUCCUUGCCUGUGAAGCCCUUUUUGUGCAAAGCAAUGAUGACGGCAUGUGUUUCCUUGCAGGUAACCAUGGUUAACAGAGGAAGAACAAUGAUUUCAAGCACCACCCUCCUUUUAAAGCUUCCAGUCUGUUAUUCUAACUCAAUCAGCAUGACAGAGUGAUCUCCAGCCUUGUCCUCAUCAACACUCUCACCUGUGUUAACGAGAGAAUCACUGACAUGAUGGCAGCUGGUCCUUUUGUGGCAGGGCUGAAAUGCAGUGGAAAUAUUUUUUGGGGAUUAAGUUCAUUUUCAUGGCAAAGAGGGACUUUGCAAUUAAUUGCAAUUCAUCUGAUCACUCUUCAUGACAUUCUGGAGUAUAUGCAAAUUGCCAUCAUCAAAACUGAGGCAGCAGACUUUGUGAAAAUUAGUAUUUGUGUCAUUCUCAAAAUAUCAGCCAAUAUGAGCAGCAUUAGACCAUUAAGGAUAGCGGUGAGCAUCGGGAGUGUGUAAAUCUCCUUAGCCUUUCUCCCUGUUAGUGUGUGUUUGUGUGUGAAUAAGAGAACGCUGGCGGUAGGAAGCCCAGCAGCUAAGGAGUUGGAUCUGUAGCCGAAAGGUGUCUGGUUCGAUUCCCGGGCCAGGCGCUAGGAAAAGGGUGGAAUUGAUCUGGCAACUGGAGGGCUAAUGGGUUCACACCCUCAAGACAUUCCCCUACCGUUGGGCCCUUGAGCAAGGCCCUUAACCCCACAACCCUGUGCUCAUGUCUGAUGUCUGGCGGUGGGGGGCUGAGAACAGAACAGAAGGAACAUCUGGACAAUAAAGUUUUAUUGUAUAUCACAGGUGGUUGGUGGCACCUUAAUUGGGGAGGACGGGCUCGUGGUAAUGGCUGGAGCGGAAUAGGUGGAAUGGUAUGAAAUACAUCAAACACAUGGUUUCCAUGUUGAUGCCAUUCCAUUGGCUCUAUUCCAGCCAUUAGUAUGAGCCGUCCUCCCUUCAGCAGCAUCCACUGUUGUAGAUAGUCCAGGGGAGGAGUUAGCCUCUGUCCUCACAGAGUACGAGUCCCAGAGUACCACAAUGACAAUCAUCGCUCAGCCGGACCAACAGCAAACAGUGUUUUAACCCAUGAACUUCCCUGUCUACCCUCAGGGCCGUAACCCGUUCUUUCUGGAGCCGUCUGUGAUCAUCACCAUCACGGAUGGGAACAAGCUGACUCACAUCUCUGGGGUACCGGAUGAGGUGAGCGAGGACACUGGCCGUUCCUCUGACUGGUUACCUAGAAGUCAGAGGCCGUGUUCAUAAAGCGUCUCAAAGUAAAAGUGCUGAUCUAGGAUCAGGUCCCCCCGUCCAUGUAAUCUUAUUAAGGCAAAACUGAUCCUAAAUCAGCACUUCUACUCUUGAGAAGCUUGAUACAUAUGGCCCCAGGUUCUACUGUGGUCCUGGCUAGGUCUAAUGAAGAAGGAAUAGUUUCACUCUCCAGCCAGUAGAGUUCUACUGUGGUCCUGGCUAGUGAGUGAGGCUGUUAAAGAGAGCCCACAUUUGAAGCAGACAGAGAAUUCCAGGACAUAUGAUUAUUCAUGAGCAGCAUGUUAUUCAGAUGACUCAAACUGUCUAAAUUGUUAUUACACUAUAUAAGAAGAAUACAACUCCUCUGGGCCCAAUUAAGAUGUCCAGCCAGAGUUCAGUAACAAGACAAAUGCUAGUCCAAUUUUCACAUUUUCCCCACCUCUACAUUCAACAUUUUAGUCAUUUAGCAGACAUGCUUAUCCAGAGCGACUUACAGGAGCAAUUAGGGUUAAGUGCCUUGCUCAAGGGCAUAUCGACAGAUGUUUUGCCUACUGUAGUCAGCUCAGGGAUUUGAACCAGCAACCUUUAUGUUACUGGCCCAAUGCUAGGCUACUUGCCGCCCACCUCUACCACUCCCCUCUCCCUCCUUUGUGCCCCUCUCUCCCUGUCUCCAGCUCCACCUGCCCCUGACCUCUCCCCUGCCAGGCAGUGAGCUGACCAAGGAGCCAUUUCGGUGGGACCAGCGUCUCUUCGCCCUGGUGCUGCGUCUCCCUGGGGCGGCCACGCCCGACAGCGAGCAGCUGGGCAGCGUCCCCACUGACGAGUCUGCCAUCACCCAGAUGUGUGAGGUCACUGGAGGUAGGAUGCCCCCAUAGAAAUAGUUAACUUCCUGCUUUUACUUCCUGCCCUACUCCUAUGGGUACACUGACACAUGUCUGCCAGUUCACCCAUUAUGGCAUCAUUGUCUUCAAUGGGGACGCCCAUUCUACUCAUUCUAGCACUGGCUCUGGGGUGGGACUGUGUCUGUUGGGAUGUCAAAAUGUGUAAUAUAUAAAAACACAGACAGAAAGUCACAGUCUAUAUAUGCUCUCAACAAUUUAAUGGGUCAGGCAACAUUUGGGCACAGAGUGCCUUCUUCAGGGUCCAGGCUGUGUAUAAAUUAACAUUUACAAGGUUCUCAGAGACUGGAAAUUAAAUCUGCAGCUAUCUAUCAACUGUCAAUGCUUUCUGAAAGAUAUACAUGCAUAAAAACACUAAUGUCGGGACGAUACCAGUAUCACCAUGCUCCUUAGUAGCAUGGCAAGGAAACAAAAGUGGAUUUAACUUCUUUAGGAAAACAGCCCUAAUGUUGGAAACAAAUAUCAUUAGGUCGUCAUCUAGAGUCACACAAUAUUUUACAUACAGCAAUUUUUUUAAAGGACAAAAGAGUUUAAACUGCUUCCUGUUUUCAUUUUUGCCAUGGAAAAGAUAUUGCGAUACUGGUAUCAUCAUAGGCCUUAAUAACAGGUCCUCUCCAUCCCUCUCUCUUUGGGCUUCUUCCCUCCAACUGUUUCUUUCUUUCUCCAGGACGAUCAUACUGUGUGCGGACUCAGAGGAUGCUGAACCAGUGUCUGGACUCUCUGGUCCAGAAGGUUCUGAGUGGUGUCGUCAUUAACUUUGAAAAAACAGGGCCAGAUCCGCCUCUGGUAGGCGAAGGUAUGUCCCAACAGGAAAUGCGCUCUAAGUUGUUGUGUAUGACUGUGCGUGUCACUGAUGAAGUGUCCUCUGAUGGUCUCAAGGUGACUCUCUCCGACAGCGCUUGACUGAUGUGUUCCGCACAGCUGCUUCCUGCCUGUGGCUGUUCUUCUGUUUGUGUUCGGUUGAGAAAUUGACACCUCAUGUUGUUGUUGUUUGGUUCUACAGAUGGUAUGGUUGACCCGAGCCGGCCCGUGUUGUCCUUCAGCCCACAGCCCUGGCACAGCUGCCACAAACUCAUCUACGUGCGACCCAACCCCAAGACAGGGGUGCCCGUAGGCCACUGGCCCAUCCCUGAGUCCUUCUGGCCGGACCAGAACUCCCCCGCUCUGGUGAGAGGAUGCCAUUAACCCCAUAGUUACUGAUGCAGUAACACUAAUGCAAGCUCAUUAGUCCCUCCAUUUUGAAUUACUAAGAAUUGUUUGUGAUUAUUAAGCAAUCAGUUAAGUGUUUAAUGGGUCAAGUGAAAGAGGAUGAGAGUUAAGCAUUAUGCUCCUCUUAAAUCCAGUAGUUGGUGUUAACGUGGCUCUGCACUGUUGCCCCCUGGGACAUGUAGUUGUCCUGCCCUCUGAGACCUGUAGUUGUUCUGGCCUCUGAGACCUGUAGUUGUCCUGGCCUCUGGGACCUGUAGUUGUCCUGGCCUCUGGGCCCUGUAGUUGUCCUGGCCUCUGGGACAUGUAGUUGUCCUGCCCUCUGAGACCUGUAGUUGUCCUGGCCUCUGGGACCUGUAGUUGUUCUGGCCUCUGAGACCUGUAGUUGUCCUGGCCUCUGAGACCUGUAGUUGUCCUGGCCUCUGGGACCUGUAGUUGUCCUGGCCUCUGAGACCUGUAGUUGUCCUGGCCUCUGGGACCUGUAGUUGUCCUGGCCUCUGGGACCUGUAGUUGUCCUGGCCUCUGAGACCUGUAGUUGUCCUGGCCUCUGGGACCUGUAGUUGUCCUGGCCUCUGAGACCUGUAGUUGUCCUGGCCUCUGGGACCUGUAGUUGUCCUGGCCUCUGGGACCUGUAGUUGUCCUGGCCUCUGAGACCUGUAGUUGUCCUGGCCUCUGAGACCUGUAGUUGUCCUGGCCUCUGGGACCUGUAGUUGUCCUGGCCUCUGGGACCUGUAGUUGUCCUGGCCUCUGGGACCUGUAGUUGUCCUGGCCUCUGGGACCUGUAGUUGUGCUGGCCUCUGGGACCUGUAGUUGUCCUGGCCUCUGGGACCUGUAGUUGUCCUGGCCUCUGGGACCUGUAGUUGUCCUGGCUCCUGGCAUCCUGUGAAUGAUUGCUCCUCACUGUGUCUUUACUGCCAAGAACUGGGGGUGAAGUUUGCCUAGGACUCUCUCUGUUUUUCUUUCUCUCUGUCUCUCUUUAUAUUGACUAUCUGUAGUGUUACUGGGGCAGUGCCAAGGACAGAGGGUCAGGGUGGAUGCUGACUGACUAGAGUCUGCCAGCUCCAUCCUACUGUUUAAUGUUCUGCCUCUCUUUUCUUGUUUUUUGCACCCCUCCCCCCCACACACUAGUUCCUGUGGUGUCAGCAUGGCAUGGGUAGAGUUUCAGGAUGUUUAUUUCUCCUCAACAGGGACAACGUUGUAUGAAAUGCUCUAAAUCAGGGGUGUCAAACUCAUUUUAGCUCAGGGGCCACAUGGAGGAAAAUCUAUUCCCAAGUGGGCCGGACCGGAAAAAUCAUGGUAUAUUUAACUUAAAAACAACAACUUCAGAUUGUUUUCUUUGUUUUAAUACGAUCAACAUACAACAAAAAGCUGGAGCCUGAGGACAGUGUGUCCAAAAUAGUACAAGCACAACAUCACUAUUAAUCAUAAAACACGUCAAGUUUAUUUGAAAAUUCUAAAGAAAAAGAACACACAAACACACAAUGCCUCAGUGAUUAACAGAACUGUUUCACAGAUCACAGAACUAUAUCAGGGUGUCAUUUCUCAGGCAGAAAUGUAGAUAAAAAUAAUGAAAUCCUGUUCCCCAAACAAGUGCACGAACCACUGAGUCAAGAAUAGGUUAAAUAUACAAAUAAAAUAAAAUCAAUUAAAAACAAUAGCACAUCAACAUAAAAACAUAUAAACAUAAAUCUGAAAGCGUUGCUCAAACUCCCGUAACAGUCCCGUUAUUUUAUCUUUGAACCGCUUCAUGUCUGCCACAUGUUGGGUCGCGCACACAUUUUUCAGACAGGGGAAGUGAGCUGCAUCACCACCGGCAAGUUGCGUCUCCCACAAUGACAGCUUCAACUUGAAAGAACGUAUGCUGUCAUAAUACUGCGUGACAACUUUGUUGCGCCCUUGCAGCUGUUUGUUCAAGUUAUUCAGGUGCUCUGUAACAUCCACCAUAAAUGCAAGGUCCGGCAUCCAUUCUGCGGAAUGAAAUUCUAACACUGGUUUGCCCUUUUCUUCCAUGAACUGUUCAAUUUCUUCUCGUAAAUCAAAGAAACGCCUCAGCACAGCACCUCGGCUUAACCAUCUUACCUCAGUGUGGUAUGGCAGGCCAUAGAUGUGGUCUUUCUCUCUGAGAAGGCUGUCAAACUGACGGUGAUUCAGGCUUCUGGAUCGGAUUAAAUUAACAGUUUGGAUGACCACCUUCAUGACAUUAUCCAUCUUUAAUGACUUGCAACACAAAGCCUCCUGGUGCAAAAUACAGUGAAAAGUCAAAAAAUCACGUCCUCCAUUUGCAGAUUGCACUUUCUCUCUGAACUUUGUCACAACGCCUGCUUUUUCCCGAUCAUUGAGGGCGCACCAUCUGUAGCCAGGCUGAUAGCGCGGGACCAGUCCACUCCGACCCUGUCCAGCGCGCCGACGAGUGCGGUAAAAAUAUCAGCUGCUGUUGUUGUAUCUGUCAUCGGCACCAACUCCACGAACUCCUCGUGACGGUCAAUGUGUCAUCAACUCCGCGGAUGAAAAAAUUGCCAGUUGUGCAACAUCUGUAAUGUCCGUGCUUUCAUCAAUUGCAACCGAAAACGCAAUAAAUGACUUUACUUUUUGCUUCAACUGGCUGUCCAAAUCCACUGAAAGAUUGGAAAUCCUGUCUGCAACUGUGUUUCUUGUCAGGCUGAUAUUUGCAAAAGCCUGCCGCUUUUCAGGGCACACAAUCUCCGCUGCCUUCAUCAUGCAUGUUUUUACAAAUUCACCCUCACUAAAUGGUUUUGAAGCCACUGCGAUUUCAUUAGCAAUGAGGUAGCUAGCUUUCACUGCAGCGUCACUGAUGUCUCGGCUGUGAGUAAACACAGACUGCUGUUUCUUCAGACCCGCCAACAGUUCAUUCACCUUCUCUCAUCUCCGCUGUCCUUGAAAGUUGUCAUAUUUGUCGGCAUGAAGACUCACAUAGUGGCGACGAAGGUUAUAUUCUUUCAGCACUGCAACAUGCUCUGAACACACCAAACAUACAGCUUUCCCAUUCAAUUCCGUGAUUAAAUAGGAUGACCAUUUUUCUUGGAACACUCUGCACUCUGCGUCCACUUUUCUCUUUUUUGACAGAGACAUAUUGGGGCAAUGAGGGUGCCAAAGCACAUAAUGUUAAAAGUAGAAGCCGUAAUAAAUAUCGCGGGCAAAACAAAGUAGCUCAUUGGCUGCACGUGCUUGACCUACUUGCUCUGCCCCGGUAUAAACAGUUUGCUUGCUUAACCCAAUUGCUAUUGCGCCAUCCAGUGGACGCAAUUGGAACAGCAGUUUAUUUUAUUGAAAAAUUGCAUUUAUACUUUACACAUUUUUUUCAUUUUUUCAUUUUUUUUCAUUUUUUUAUCAUCUCGCGGGCCGGAUUAAACCCGUUUGCGGGCCUGAUCCGGCCCGCGGGCCGUAUGUUUGACACCCCUGCUCUAAAUGUUCUCUGUCAUUCUCUCCCUUUGCCCACCACUAGCCUCCUCGCUCUGCCCACCCCAUGGUGCGUUUCACCUGUGUGGACUGUGAGCCCAUGGUGAUUGACAAGCUGCCCUUUGACAAGUACGAACUGGAGCCCUCACCACUCACCCAGUACAUUCUGGAGAGGAAGUCUCCACACAUGUGCUGGCAGGUAGGAUAAAUGCUCCCACACACAACCUCAAGGAGUUAUGGUGUUUGUAUUUCUAGUGAUGCUGUGGGAUGUUCUUUGUGCUGAGCCCUCUCGCUCUCUCUCUCUCUCUCUCUCUCUCUUUCUUUCUUUCUUUCUCUGUUUCUCUCUCUCUCUCUCUCUCUCUCUCUCUCUCUCUCUCUCUCUCUCUCUCUCUCUCUCUCUCUCUCUAUCUCUCUUGCUCUCUCUCUACCCUCCUCACUGUCUCCCCCCUCUCUCUGUCUCUCUCUUUCUUUCUCUGUUUCUCUUCUCUCUCUCUUUCUCGCUGUCUCCCCCCCUCUCUGUUUCUCUCGCUCUCUCUCGCCUCUCUCUCGCUGUCCCCCCCCUCUCUCUCGCUGUCCACACCCUCUCUCUCACCCCUCUCUCUCGCCCCUCUCUCUCGCUGUCUCUCUCUCUCUGUCUCUCUCUCUCUCUCUCUCUCUCUCUCUCUCUCUCUCUCUCUCGCUGUCUCUUUCCCUGCAGGUGUUUGUGAACAGUAGUGGAAAGCACAGUGACCUAGCCCAGCCCUUUGGCUACCUGAAGGCCAGCACUACUCUCACCUGUGUCAACCUCUUCGUCAUGCCUUACAACUACCCAGUUGUUUUGCCACUCCUUGGUAAGUCAGAUUGUGGAUGUCUUCUAUGGGGUGGCAGGUAGCUUAGUGGGGCGACAGGUAGCUUAGUGGUUAAGAGCGUUGUGCCAGUCCCCGAGCCGACUAGGUGAAAAAUCUGUCGAUGUGCCUUUGAGCAAGGCACUUAAUCCUAAUUGCUCUGGAUAAGAGCGUCUGCUAAAUGACUAAAAUGUAAAAUGUAAAAAUGCUGAAGCUGUAACAGUAUACAGCCAUACAUUAGCGACAUUUGUGGGGUGUUCUGUUACAUGUAUUUCAAUUACUUUUUAGUAUUUUGUCAUUUGUGUUUGGAAGGCCUGAGUACAUGACUAAAAUCACCAUGUAUUUGGAAGGCCUGAGUACCUUAUUAAAUCACCAUGUAUUUGGAAGGCCUGAGUAUGUGGUGGAAAAUAACCACUAUACUUUAUUACAAAUAAGGUCUUACAGAGUUUUUGUUGCAUCAAGAAAUGACUUUAUUAAAGUUUUCAACAAAGCCGAUACCAGUCUGCAGAGUGGCACCCCCCUUACGGUCUCUCUCCUCCUAUAUAGUCCUCUUCCGUUUUCCCGCUCUUUUAUUGCUCUGCCCACUUCCUUUGUCUCUGAGAGCGGCUAAACUCAACUUUCAUUAAGUUCAGAGUACUACAAUCAAUCAAACCUUAUCUUGCAAAAACACUCAUGUUUAGUUUAAACUCUUUUCAACCCUGGCUCUUUUCACUGUGUUUGAAGACAAAAACAAAUGGCCCAAGCCAGUUUCAGUCUUUGAUAUGAUAAGACAACCAUGGAUCUAAGUAAGAGAAAGCAAUCUGACCCUAGGGCAGAUCACCCUCUCUACUCACCCAAUACAAUUCCUGGCCCAGUAACAAAGAAUUCUAACUUUAUGCUCUUGAUUAACCCAGUUCUACCUCAUAGUCCAUUAAACUCUACAGUUCAUUAAUAAUAAUUCACCACAAGUACCUGACUAUAAUCACUAUGAAUUUGGAAGGCCUGAGUACCUGACUAAAAUCACCAUGUAUUUGGAAGGCCUGAGUACCUGACUAAAAUCACUAUGUAUUUGGAAGGCCUGAGUACCUGACUAAAAUCACAAUGUAUUUGUAACAACAUCUUUCGGAGAAUGGUAUUUUGUAUUUUCAAAAUACUCAAAAUACUAUUAAAAAAUAUAUAUUAUAGCGCUUCACAAUUUUGAGGCCCCAUAUCACUCCAAAUGUGCUGCAUUGGUAUCAGAAAUCAUAUGUCACUAUCGUGUGAGGCCUUGAGAGGUGUUGGUGGAGGAGGAGCCUGAGAGAACGUUGAAGCACAGGGAUACACUUCCAGAGCGAGGAUAAUGCCGUGAAUAUGGUCCAAAAGGUGGAAGUGAACUCAAUGUUUUAUGUUAUUGCCAUACUGUCACUACACUCACUGUCAUUUGGGAAGUGAGUCAUGUACCUCAACUUUAUUUCAAACCCCUUUAUGCCCUCAUCUGCACCUCUGAUUACAUCAUACUCAUGGUAUGGCAUGGUAUCUCAUUUCUGACACCAAUGCAGUGUAUUUUGAGUAAUAGGGGCCACAAAGCUCUGAAGACUAACAAUAUAUGAACUGGGCUAUUGGUACUAUUCAUAGCGUGUAAGCCGAGGGUCACAGGUUGUUUCAUAACUUAUUUAAGGCUGCUACGUGCAAAUGUAUGUAAUUCAAUUAAAUAAAUAAAAAAUACCAAUUUUUUGGUCGAUUAUUUUGAUACAUUGGUCUUUAGGGUAUUUUGUAACAAGCUACUUUUUGAUUGGCGAUCUCUGGGAUGAUUAUGCUUCUCUCAUGUCUUUCUCCUCCCAACCCCCAACCCUGCUGUCUUCACAGAUGACCUGUUCAAAGUGCACAAACUGAAGCCAAACCUAAAGUGGCGGCAGGCCUUUGAGAUCUACCUGAAGACCAUGCCUCCUUACUUUCUCUUGGUAAUGUACUGUUCUUGGUCAAUGUCAUAUAUGUAAAUAUAUAUUUGUAUCCAUAUGUGCUAUAUGUAUUUCAUGUUUGUUUGAUGGUGAUGCCCUUUCUCUAUGGGCUCUCUCUGUCUUUCCAUACAGCCAUUGAAGAAGGCACUGAGAAUGAUGGGAGCGCCCAACCUCAUCUCCGACAACAUGGACUGUGGCCUCAGCUACAGUGUCAUCUCCUACCUAAAGAAGCUUAGCCAGCAGGUGGGGCUUCCCUUCACCUGGGCUGCAUCCCAAAUGUUACCCUAUUCUCUAUGUAGUGCACUACUUUGACCAGGGCCCAAAGUAGUACACUAUGUAGGGAAUAGGGUGCAAUUUGGGACACACACAGCUAGACUUAGUAUAUAUCAAUAGCUUUCAAAGUUUGUACAACGUGAUACGUAUUUAACUUACAAGGGUUACUUAAGUAGAUCUGAAUACACUUUAGGAGUACACCCAGCUGGUGUGAAUGAGUGAAUAAAGAACCUGUCUUUGUCUCGUUCUCUGUCUGCAGGCGAAGAUGGAGUCGGAUCGCCUGAUCGUGUCUGUAGGGAAGAAGGCUCCCCAGGAGACUGGUAUAAAGGUGAAGAACCACUCCAACACCCUGUCCCUGGCCCACCGCAAAGACUUCAAGCAGCUGCUGCAGGGCAUCACCGGAGAGAUGUCCCUCCGCCUCGCAGACAUCAACUUCAAGGAGUUUGCCGGUUUUCAGAUUGCACUGCUCAACAAGGUACAGGACCGGCAGGGUCAAACUCUGGGAUGCCUGAGGGGAUAGCUGUGUCCCAAAUGGUACCCUAUGCCAUAUAUAGUGCACUACUUUUGACCAGAGCCCAGGGAAUAGGGUUCCAUUUGGGACGCAGAUGAUGUUUCUAGAUUGAUGUGCCAGACAGGGUUGAAGAAAGGGUUUCUGUAUCUCACUACUUCCUAUCUCCUCAGGAUCUAAAGCCUCAGGCGUAUCGGAACGCCUAUGACAUCCCCAGGCGGAACCUUCUGGAUCAGCUGACACGGAUGCGCUCCAACCUUCUGAGGACUACUCAGAAACUCAUCAGAGGACAAGAUGAAGGUAGGCAGGCUUGAAAGCUGCUUAACCCCCAAGCUAAGUUACAUAACAAAAAAAUCCCCAUCAAAAUGUAAAUCGUCUUUCCCCUGUAGCUCAGUUGGUAGAGCAUGGUGCUUGCAACGCCAGGGUUGUGGGUUCGUUUCCCAAAGUAUGGAAAAUGUAUGCACUCACUAACUGUAAGUCGCUCUGGAUAGGAGCGUCUGCUAAAUGACAAAAAUGUAAUGUAAAUGUAAAAUCUGUCAGUUUAAGCUAGAGAUAUCUGUUUUUUUGCAUUGGCUGCUUCUCAAUCCACCACAUCCGCCUGCCAGUGUCGCACCGCAUCUGCGGUGAAAGGUGACAGAGCUAGAGCGGUGUUUGUCAGACCAUGAGACAUCCAGAAAAUCGGUCUUCUCACGUAAACGUCUGUAGUGUCCGAACGGUUUGACCUAUAAACCGGUACAGUUUUUUAAAAAAAACGAAUGGAAGUAUGAAAGUAGUUUUGUGCCUACCCCAAAAAAGGGGUUAAAUAUGUGUAAAAAAGAUAUACAGUGCCUUCCAAAAGUAUUCAGACCCCUUGACUUUUUCCACAUUUUGUUACGUUACUGCCUUAUUCUAAAAUUGAUAAAAUUGUUUGUUUUUCUCAUCAAUCUACACACAAUACCCCAUAAUGACAAAGCAAAAACAAGUUUAGACAUUUUUGCAAAUGUAUUAAAAAUUAAAACUGAAAUAACACAUUUACAUAAGUAUUCAGACCCUUUACUCAGUACUUUGUUGAAGAACCUUUGGCAGGAACUACAGCCUCUUCUUGGGUAUGAUGCUACAAGCUAGGGACACCUGUAUUUGGGGAGUUUCUCCCAUUCUUCUCUGCAGAUCCUCUCAAGCUCUGUCAGGUUGGAUGGGGAGCGUCGCUGCACAGCUAUUUUCAGGUCUCUCCAGAGAUGUUCAUCUUUGCCUCGAUCCUGACUAGUCUCCCAGUCCCUGCCACUGAAAAACAUCCCCACAGCAUGAUGCUGCCACCACCAUGCUUCACCGUAGGGAUGGUGCCAAGUUUCCUCCAGACGUGACGCUUGGCAUCCAGGCCAAAGAGUUCGAUCUUGGUUUCAUCAGACCAGAGAAUCUUGUUUCUCAUGGUCUGAGAGUCUUUAGGUGCCUUUUGGCAAACUCCAAGCGGGCUGUCAUGUGCCUUUUACUGAGGAGUGACUUCCGUCUGGCCACUCUACCAUAAAGGCCUGAUUGGUGGAGUGCUGCAGAGAUGGUUGUCCUUCUGGAAGGUUCUCCCAUCUCCACAGAGGAACUCUAGACCUCUGUCAGAGUGACCAUCAGGUUCUUGGUCACCUCCCUGACCAAGGCCCUUCCCCCCCGAUUGCUCAGUUUGUCCGGGCGGCCAGCUCUAGGAAGAGUCUUGGUGGUUCCAAACUUCUUCCAUUUAAGAAUGAUGGAGGCCACAGUGUUCUUGGGGACCUUCAAUGCUGCAGAAAUGUUUUGGUACCCUCCCCCAGAUCUGUGCCUCGACACAAUCCUGUCUCGGAGCUCUACGGACAAUUCCUUCAACCUCAUGGCUUGGUUUUUGCUGUGACAUGCACUGUCAACUGUGGGAACUUUUAUAGACAGUUGUGUGCCUUUCCAAAUCAUGUCCAAACAAUUUAAUCUACCACAGGUGGACUUCAAUCAAGUUGUAGAAACAUCUCAAGGAUGAUCAAUGGAAACAGGAUGCACCUGAGCUCAAUUUUGAGUCUCAUAGCAAACGGUCUGAAUACUUAUGUAAAUAAGGUAUUUCUGUUUUUUAUUUUUAUACAUUUGCAAAAAUUUCUAAAAACCUUUAUUUUUAUUUUUGUGGGGGUGGGGUAGGGGGGGGGGGGGUAGAAGGAUUACUUUUAUACUAUCCCAGGUAUUCCUUAAAGAGGUAGGGUUUCAAGUGUCUCCGGAAGGUGGUCAGUGACUCCGCUGUCCUGGCGUCGUGAGCUUUAUGUCAGCUUAAUGCCCCCCCCCCCCCCCCCCCCCCAACGGCUUAGACUCUAAAGAAUUAAUCAUCAUUUAGAUUAUUCUUGUCAGUCUAUUGACUACAGUAUAAGAAGAUUAUGUAAGAAGUGGAAAAAUGUCACAUGAACUGUUGAUACUAGCCAUCCUAAGAAUGUAUUUAAAUGUGAUGAAUACAACAGUGGGCUUAUGCUGAUUUAAAUUAAAUGAAUUUGCUUUGACAUUGACUAUGUGCUGGUUGUUAGACUACCUUCACAGUAUACCAAUGGUUCAGAUGGGCAACUAUCAGGAGUAUCUAAAGAUGAUGCCGUCUCCUCUGAGAGAGAUCGACCCUGACCAACCCAAACGCCUGCACACCUUCGGCAACCCCUUCAAACAGGACAAGAAGGUACAAAUAUACACACACACACACAAACACACAAACACACACACACGGCAGAGAUCAGCAAAAACAACAGUGAUAAUAGUAUGACAUCAUCAUUAUUGUUUGCAAGUCUUUUACCUACAACCACUUGGUUUCUUUUUUCCUGAUCCAAGGGGAUGAUGAUUGAUGAGGCAGAUGAGUUUGUAACUGGUCCCCAAAGCAAGAAGAGAGGCGUUACGGGGGACCCCACCUCGGGGGCUGCUCUGAAGAGAAGGCGGAGCAUGUCCCCUUUAUUGCGUCGGCCCCAGACUCCACCAAUCAUCACCAACCAUGUAGUGGGGAAGGGGCCCAUUGGGAAUGGGGCCCAGGGCCAGCCUGGUCUCAUCAAGCCCAUCCCACUGCACAAAGGUAGGGGUGCAUUGCUGAGGCUUUGGACCUGACUGUCUCUCUGACGCUGACUGACUGGAUCCCUCCGAGACCAUCAAUGCUUCCUCUGCUCUCGAUACCAUCUGAACUGCUUCGACUCCCAGAGAAAUGACCUUCCAUCCUGACUGACACUUAAACAUUUGUUUUUGUUUAAAUACUUUUUUAAUGAUAUGUUUAAUGCUCAUGGAUUUCAGUUUGUAUUGACUGCUAUAUGAGUGUAAUAAAACGUUAACUGGACACAUACAGAAUGAAAAUGGAAGAUCUCAGUCUACUGAAAGUGUUAAAUAGUGCUCAUAAAAAUGUACAUGCAGACAUAAUACUUUAACCUCAAUAUAGAAUGGAUCUUAAUUUAAAACAUUUUCCCUGUUGUUGGUGUUCAUCAUCUUGAUAAUGUCAUGAAAUGUGCUCUUCUGCCCCCCACAGGAGCAGAGGGGAACAGUGUGCUGGGCAGAGAGAGUAACGGGGAGGGGGGUGUGGGGCCUGAAUCAGGGGAUGGCUGGCCUGGAGGGGUGGUGGACGGUGUGGGAGGGGGCACAAAUGCACUCAUCCUGGAGGAGAGAGAGCGGGAGAGGCCUGGGAUGUGUGCAGGGGACAGCAGGGAGGACAGUGGCGUGGAGGAGGACAGGUUAGGGGAGGGCGGCCUGGAUGAGCGGCCCUCCUCAGAGAGACAGCAGCAAAACUGUGAGGGGGACCAGGAGGGAGAGCUGGAGGGAGAGCUGGAGGGAGAGGAAAAUGGAGCAGACCAAGCUGAGCCCCAGGCGGUCACCAUAGCCCCACUAGAUGGCAGCAAUGCUGAGCUGCGCACACGGGUCAUCAAGGAGGUCCGCAAACCAGGCCGCAGUGAGUAGUGAUACACAUACUACUGUCCCAACUCUGUAGUGUGCAGUGCAUUUCUAUCCAGAUUACACUUAGAAGAGUACUGAGCCAUGUCCCAAACAGCAUCCUAUUCCCGUUAUAGUGUAGGGCUCUGGACAAAACUAGAGAAGUCCCUUAUCUUCCAUCUGCUGGACCACCUCCACUGACCCCCGACUGUGCCUGUGCUUGUUCCCAGACUAUGAGACCAUAUUCAGGCUGCUGGAGGAGGUGAAGGGGUCUGUGACAGUCCAGAGGUACUUCAUCCAUCACGCGAUCAAGGAGGCUGCCAGGUGAGACCCACUGUCUGUCUGUCUGUCUGUCUGUCCACACCAGACUACCCACAGUACAGACUGAUCACCGUCUGUCUGUCCACACCAAACUACCCACAGUACAGACCGACCCACCGUAUGUCCACAUCAGACCACCCACAGUACAGACUGACCCACCGUCUGUCUGUCCACACCAACCACAAUACAGACUGACCCACCGUCUGUCUGUCCACACCAGACUACCCACAGUACAGACUGACCCACCAUCUGUCUGUCUGUCCACACCAGACUACCCACAGUACAGACUGACCCACCUUCUGUCUGUCUUUCCACACCAGACUACCCACAGUACAGACUGACCCACCUUCUGUCUGUCUUUCCACACCAGACUACCCACAGUACAGACUGACCCACCUUCUGUCUGUCUUUCCACACCAGACUACCCACAGUACAGACUGACCCACCUUCUGUCUGUCUUUCCACACCAGACUACCCACAGUACAGACUGACCCACCUUCUGUCUGUCUUUCCACACCAGACUACCCACAGUACAGACUGACCCACCUUCUGUCUGUCUUUCCACACCAGACUACCCACAGUACAGACUGAGAACAAUGAAAACAACACAGAAGUAACUAAGCUCAACUGUGUAGGAGAAUAUCGCUGUAAUUUUGCUUUCAUCAUUCAUUCAUUAUAUAAAUUUUUAGCAAGGGUGGUUACAUCAGUCGGUGUGAUAUUUGGAAAUUGGCAGUAUCCAACUAAAGAUACGGAAACUGUUCUUAAUUUAAAAGUAUAGUAAUUCUUAAUUUGAAAGCAUGGUGAUUUUCUUUUGAAAGCAUAGUAACCUACUUAGUUCACUGCUGUUACCCAAUGCAGUUGCAAACCUCAUGCCCUCUGUUUCCUUCCAUUUUUCCUCUGUUCUUAUUUCUUUCUAUUCCUCUUCCCCCCCUAUCUCUCUCUCUCUCUCUUUCUCUCUCUCUCUCGCUCUCAUUCUCCUCUACUCCCAGGUUUAAGAAGCGGGUGCUGAUCCAGCAGUUGGAGACAGCUCUGGAGUUGAUUGAGGAGAAGGAGCUGCAGCUCCCUGCUGUCCGCCUCAACAACGACCACGGUAGAUAGUGAAGAAGUGGCCUGCAGGGGUCCCUGCUCAGAAACACAAAGACAUGGACAGGAACCGGGUACUCUCCUUCACAAGACAUGGACAGGAACCGGGUACUCUCCUUCACAAGACAU